AUGGCUACUCAUUUUGGAAGGGGUGGAAUCCGCAGUAGGAAACGCAAGAGAGAGGAUGAAGGCAUUGCCCUAGACGUUUCUGCCCCGGACCAUUCUCUUGUGACUACACUUGUAAGGAGACCCUAUAACAUUGUUACGGAGAUACACAAGGCGAGGGAGGGUUACAGAAUAUCGUCACUGGUCCAGGGUAAUGAGACCAUCUGGGAAGCCACUGGCAGUGAUUCCUGCAAUCAUGCCGUCGUGAUAGUUGGAGAAGACAAGGCACCUACCCAUGUCAUUCUCUAUUUGACCGAUGGAGACUCUAAACAGGACUGUUUGUACUAUGAGAAGAGAAAGGAAUGGGUACGCAUCCAGGAAGAAGACUUUUACAGCAAAUUCCAUGCCAUGGUUAUCAUGAAGCUACUUGCCCUUUCCAUUUCAUUUGACACUAGAAAAAAGUACAACCCAAAGAUACUAUACGUCAACAAGUCCUCCAAGUUUCCAUUUGCAGUAUACGCUCCAAAUACUAUAUGUCGCAUAGAACGAAUUUGCUGUGAGGGUUGCACUAUUUGGAACGCAUCCGCUAAUGAUGAGAGGUGCCUUUACAUUUCCCUAUACCCUAGAGAUACUCCCACUUUGGCCUACCUGGUUAUUCAGUCUUUGGGUGAACUCAAGGAUCUCUACUACUCCAAGAUGAGCGGGUCCUGGAAGUCUGUUGACAAGGCACAAUAUCUGGCAGACUUAAAACAGGCUGGAUUCGACAGGUCUAAUUUUAGCAACAAGAUAACUCUGGACAUAUCCAACGUAGACAAUGAUCUGGUCUACACUCACAGAUAUGAUAUACAUGAAAACAUUACCUACGUGUACGCUACACUUCCUGGUUACUCACUUGAUCAGAUAGUUGACGGAGCCACUACAAUCUGGAAGGCCAAGGGAACUGAAAGAUGCACUUACAUCAAUGUAUUCGCCAAGAAGACGGAACAUUUGGGAUUAUUUAUCUUUACGACUGACUCUACAGGCUGUCGUAAUGUUUUAUACUUUGUGAAGAAUGGUAAGAAAUGGAAAAAGGCUGACAGGGAUGAGUACUAUCACAUUUUUGUAAAUGACGAUUCCUCAAGGUAUACUCACAAAGGUGAUGGUAAAAUGGUAAUGAGUAGUUUUAAGAAUAAGCAAGGUCUACGGAUUGCAACAUAUGCCUCUAGAGUUGACAAUCCCAAGGGAGACUUCAUUCUGAUUCACGGGUUCAGAUCAUCCUUCAUGUCAGAGUUUGGCAUGUUUGACAUGGAAUGGAAUUUGGAAAGAUUCGAAUAUCCAUCCAUUCCAUACGUUGACGGGAUCUUUAUCAAUCACUGGGACCACUUGUACCAAACUUCUUCGUCCAUUGCAAGGUAUAAACACCUCUUUAACUAUACGAGCCUGGAUGGAUUAGAUGCCCUGGACGUAUUACCGGAAUACAUUUACAGUAAUAGUUUCAUAGAGGCCGUCAACAAACUGGGUUACAAUGUAUACGGCUAUGAUCAUCAGUCCCAGGGUCUCUCUGAAUCCAUCUCAACUCCAAGGUGUCAUGUCCGUAGCUACAAGGACUACAUUUAUGAUCUCUUGCAAUUCAUUAGUAUCGUCAAAAGAGGUAAAUUUGGGGAUGCUUCUCAGACUUGGGAUGAAAAGGUAGUCUUCAAGAGCCAUGAGACAGACAGAAAAAUGUUCUUUCUCGGAUUUUCCAUGGGAGGAAAUCUUGUUAUGCAAGCGGUUCAAGAAUUUUACAAGAAUGCUGAACCAGGAGUUAAGUUUGUGGACGGUCUAGUUGGUCUCUCGGCCAUGCUUAAUUUGGAUCAUCAUUUAAACACCCCUGCAAAGAGACUAAUGGGAAAAAUUUCUAAGAUAUUAGAAUGGAUAGUUCCAAAAAUGUUCAAUCCCUGUGAGAAUAUAGAAAACUUUGGGGAGUCGGUUGACUUUAUAAUGAGAUUUGUGGAUCCAUUUCACUAUUCUGGAAAAUGUACUAUCAAGCCAUAUUUAUCAAUAUUUAAUGCAUGUGAUGACGUUAACAGGGAGAAUAAUAUGGCUCAUUAUCCCAAGGAUUUGCCAACGCUAUUCUUGCAUACUAGAGACGAUAACCUUUGUGGAGUCCAGGGUCCUAGGGACAUGAUGGCCAGACAUUUAAAGGGGAGAAGGAUGGCUAAACUUGUCGAACUAUAUGGAAAUUCCCACUAUUUGAAUGUUUAUCAAUCAAUAUCCAGCGUAAUGCCGUAUAUAGACAGCUGGUUAGAGGAGCUAUCCACAAAACCAUCACUUUCUGGAAAUGCAGUUUCAAUCUCUAGCGAGUUGUGA